AUGCCCCCCAGGAAGAGGACGCGGGCGGGUCUGGGCUUCCUGUGCUGCUUCGGCAGCAGCGAGCCCCCAGAGAUCAACCUAAAGGACACAGUGCCGCUGCAGCUGCUGGAAUUCAGCUCCCCGAUGCCACCUGCAGAGGAGCUGAAUGCACGCUUCUCUGAACUGGUGGAUGAACUGGACUUGACUGACAAGAACAGAGAGGCCAUGUUUGCUCUGCCUGACGAGAAGAAAUGGCAGAUCUACUGUAGCAAGAAGAAGGAGCAAGAGGACCCCAACAAGCUGGCCACCAGCUGGCCUGACUACUACAUUGACCGCAUUAACUCCAUGGCGGCUAUGCAGACAUUGUUUGCCUUUGAUGAGGAGGAAAUGGAAAUGAGGAACAAGGUGGUGGAAGACCUGAAGACGGCACUCAGGACUCAGCCAAUGAGGUUCGUCACACGCUUCAUCGAACUCGACGGACUCACCUGCCUGCUCAAUUUCAUGCGCAGCAUGGAUUACGAGACGUCGGAGAGCCGUAUCCACACUUCAGUCAUCGGCUGCAUCAAGGCGCUGAUGAACAACUCACAGGGGCGCGCACAUGUUCUGGCUCAUCCUCAGAGCAUCAACACCAUCUCUCAGAGCCUGCGGACGGAAAACAUUAAAACCAAAGUGGCAGUGCUGGAGAUUCUGGGAGCUGUUUGCUUGGUACCUGAUGGACACAAGAAGGUGCUGCAGGCCAUGGCACAUUACCAGAAAUACGCUGCUGAGAGGACUCGAUUCCAGACACUCCUGAAUGAGCUGGACAGAAGCACUGGUUGCUACAGAGACGAAGUCAACUUGAAGACGGCCAUCAUGUCCUUCAUCAACGCAGUGCUCAACGCUGGAGCGGGAGAGGACAACCUAGAGUUUCGUCUUCACCUGAGGUACGAGUUCCUGAUGUUGGGCAUUCAGCCGGUCAUCGAUAAGCUCAGAGAGCACGAUAACGCCACUCUGGACAGGCAUUUGGAUUUCUUUCAGAUGGUGAGAAAUGAGGAUGACUCUGAGCUAGCCAAAAGAUUCGAUAUGACCCAUGUAGACACAAAGAGUGCUGGCGCCAUGUUUGAACUAAUCAAGAAGAAACUGAGCCACACAGAUUCCUACCCACAUCUUCUCUCAAUCCUUCAGCAUUGCCUGCAGAUGCCAUAUAAACGUGGAGGCUGCAGUCUGCAGCACUGGCAGCUUUUAGACAGGAUCCUUCAGCAGAUCGUCCUGCAAGAUGAAAAAGGAGAGGAUCCCGACGUCUCCCCGCUCGACAACUUCAGUGUUAAGAACAUUAUUCGCAUGCUGGUCAAUGAAAACGAGGUAAAACUGUGGCGAGAACAGGCCGAGAAGUUCAGGAAAGACCAUGCAGAGCUAAUGGCUAAACUGGAGAGGAAAGAGAGGGAGUGUGAGACAAAGACCCAUGAGAAGGAGGAGAUGAUGAAGACUCUGAACAAGAUGAAGGACAAGCUGCAACGUGAGGGUGUGGAACUGCGUUCAGCGAGAGAGCAAGUGCUUGACCUCUCGUCACGCAUCAAUGACAUCUCACAGGGUAGCAGUGUCUCCAUGCUGCCUCCACCUCCGCCUCCCGGAGCACCAAUGCCUCCACCUCCUCCACCUAUGUCAGCUGGCAUUCCUCCACCACCGCCUCCACUGCCGUUCAGCUGUCCACCUCCACCGCCGCCACCUCCUCCGCCAGGGGGGCCGCCUCCUCCGCCCGGGGCCCCUCCUCUUUUUGGAGCACCACCCCCUCCCAUCCCUUCAUCAUUCAACUCCAUGAACACAAUGCGGUCAAAGUCCAUCCCUCAGCCUUCUCAUCCGCUAAAGUCCUUCAACUGGAGCAAGUUAGGAGAGAAUAUGAUCAACGGCACCAUCUGGAACGAAAUUGACGACCUGAGGGCAUUCAAGAUUCUCGACCUGAAGGACAUAGAGAAGAUGUUCUCAGCGUAUCAGAGACAGCAGGACCUGCUAACUAACCAAUCCUUCAAACAGAAAGAGACGGGCUCUAUGGAUGACAUCUAUGUGAGCACACGAAAGGUCAAAGAGCUUUCAGUCAUCGACGGCAGACGUGCUCAGAACUGUGUCAUCCUGCUUUCAAAGUUGAAAAUGACAAAUGAAGAAAUCAGAAGGGCGAUACUAGAAAUGGAUGAGAGAGAAGAGCUGGCCAAAGACAUGUUGGAGCAGCUGCUUAAAUUUGUCCCUGAGAAAAGUGACAUAGAUCUUUUAGAAGAGCACAAACAUGAGCUGGAGAGGAUGGCCCGAGCUGACCGCUUCCUCUUUGAGAUGAGCAGAAUCGACCACUACCAGCAGAGAAUACAGGCUCUUUUCUUUAAGAAGAAGUUUGCAGAGCGUUUAGCUGAAACCAAGCCUAAGGUUGAAGCCAUCCUCAAUGCCUCUGUAGAAGUGGUCCGGAGCAAGCGUCUGACUCAGGUCCUGGAGGUGGUGCUGGCCUUUGGAAACUUCAUGAAUAAAGGCCAGCGGGGGAACGCCUUUGGAUUCAAGGUCUCCAGUCUGAACAAGAUCGUUGACACCAAGUCGAGCAUAGACAGGAAUAUCACCAUGUUGCACUACUUGAUCAUGAUUUUCGAGAAGAACUACCCCGACACGCUGUACAUCCAGGAAGACCUCAGGAGCGUGCCUGAGGCGGCCAAAGUCAAUUUGUCAGAGUUGGAAAAAGAAGUGCACAACAUCAAAAGCGGGCUGAAGGCUCUAGAGGCGGAGCUGCACUACCAGCAGAGCAGGACGAGGGAACGUGGCGACAAGUUUGUGGCUGUGAUCGGUGACUUCAUCACUGUGGCUGGGUUUAGUUUCUCUGAACUGGAGGAUCAGCUUAGUGAAGCCAAGGAAAAGUUUGCCAAAUCUCUAAAGCACUUUGGGGAAGAAGAAGGAAGGAUGCAGCCCGAUGAUUUCUUUGGGAUCUUUGAUACCUUCUUGCAGUCAUUUAGUGAAGCUCGGCAGGACCUGGAAAACAUGCAGCGGCGCAAGGAUGAAGAAGAGAGGAGGGCACGGAUGGAGGCCAUGCUGAAGGAGCAGAGGGAGCGUGAACGGCGGGCAAAGAAGGGCGGGGCCACGGAGGAGGUUGGCGGAGAGUUUGACGACCUUGUCUCUGCAUUACGCUCCGGCGAAGUCUUUGACAAGGACCUUAACAAGUUCAAGCGAAACCGAAAGCGCUCCGUCAACCAGCUAGUGGAAGGUGGUGGCCGGGAGAGAGCCGUCACCAAGGUGAACUACUAAGGCUGGAAAAUGGAAGUAGAUUUAAAAGGCAAAACUCUUUCAAAAAAUCUCAAAUACGCCAUGGCGGAGAUCAAGUUUAGCCCAGAUCUUCUAACUGUCAUGGCUUCCAUUGGAACAGAUGUUAGUAACAGCUGGACUGGACUUGUAGAGACAUGGUGUGUCAAAAAAAAAAACACUCUCUUCAGAUUGAUCUUCUAAAGAUGUUCCAACCAGUCUGUCCCUGCAGUUUGGAUGGACGGAUGGAUGGACAGACCACUGUGACACAUUGUCCCACUUCAUUUGACUUUCUAUUUAACACUGUGCUUCAGGUUCCUCUUGUUGAUCACUCCUGCUCUUCCUCUCAAACCCUCUCUGUUCAUCUAAAAAGCUCUAUGGUGCUGAAGUGUGGUUACCGGGAUCAGAACUCUCUACAGUCACCUCGUACUUAGACGCCAAAAGGAAAGUUUUGAAACUGGUGAAGUUUGGCAGAUUGAAUCAAAAUACAAAAGAGAGAUAAAGGAGAUUUAAGCCAUUACGCCCUCAGUCUUGGUGCUUCUUCAAUCAGGAAAACAAGAUUUUAUAGCCACAGAAUGGACCUGUCUUCGCAAACUUCAGAUGAUAAGUCAACGGGUAUGAAGUCAAGAAAUCUCCUGCUUCAUAACAAUGGAUUCCUACAGGAGGCCUUGGACAGCGUCCCCAAGAAGAUCCCACCCACAAAUUAACCAGGGAACAAACAACUGCUCAAAUAGAAACCCUUACAAUGAUUUUGCCACAAGAUCUAAGCCUCAACUACACUUUCAAACAGUUUCAAAACCUUUCUGGCAUGAAGCAGUGCCAAAGUAGAGACAUAAAACCAAUGUAAAUGUGUUGACAGUAAAUAUUCAGCAGUUAGGCAUUGAUAUAUAUUUAUAUGUAGAUGCAACAAGCUAAUUGCAAAGAUGUAGAAGUGUUUUUUUACGUUUCGGCAUAUUGGGAUUUUGUACACACAAUGCAUUGCUGUUGGAGUGAAUUUCUUUAACAUUUAGUGCUAAACGAUUGUGAGGUAGAUGUCCUUUUUCGCUCCAUUGUUUCUUGUUUGCACUGAGCUUCUUUUUGACAAACACUCAAAUAUAAACACCAGCCAAUGGCUGUUGAAGGAAGGCCGUGAAGCAUUAAACACUUAAUUGUCACUCUUAAUCAUUUUACAGUAUUGUCACUUUUUGUAGCCUGAAGGCUCCAAUCUGACGCUAUUAGCAGUUUUAUCCCUGAAUCGCACACAUUUUUGAUAGCUUAUGAUGCCCGUGUCAAACUUUACAUUGCAAAGAGGCUUUUCUUGUUGUAUUAGGGUAUAGAGGACUUAAAAAGGGCCUGUAUGAAUUACUGGACACCAACCAGACCCAAACAUUCUUUAGUUGCUUAUUUUGUGCAGCUGGUUGCCAAGUAAAAGGAAGUAUCCUUUUUUUAAGAUAGUCCAGUUUAGGUGUACAUUUUCUUCAUGUGCAUAAGCUUUUCCAAUCUUUCAGCAGCAGGAAUCAUGUAAGUUGCAACAAUUAGUUCUGGGUCUAACUGUUUUUUACAUUUUCUAGAGAAAAGGUAACCUGUCAGA